UUGGACAUCACCGACGACUUUGCCAUAUAAAAAACAUCUUAGGCAACAUCUCUCUCUCUCUCUCUCUCGAUUCGCACAGCUUCGCGUUGCCGUUACAGCACAUAUCUCAUCAAUACACGGGGAUUUUUCUCUCAAUGCUUCCAAUCUCUCAGUAUAUGUAAAUAAAGAUCUGACACAAAAUCACCCAAAUACUAGUUGAAAUGGAGUUCUUUGAUGGAUUCAAGAUCUGGGUCUUGUUUGUUUGCUUGAUAGCUGAAUUGGGUCAUGGGUUUUACCUCCCGGGUAGUUACCCUCACAAAUAUGGUAUCGGCAAUACCUUAUCUGUGAAAGUGAAUUCACUGACUUCAAUUGAUACCGAGAUGCCCUUUAGCUAUUACAGUUUGCCCUUCUGUAAGCCUGAGGAAGGUGUGAAGGACAGUGCUGAAAAUCUCGGUGAGCUCCUCAUGGGCGAUAGGAUUGAGAAUUCACCGUAUCGAUUUAAGAUGAACACCAAUGAGACAGAGAUCUUUCUCUGCAAAACAAGUCCGUUAUCAGCUGAUGAGUUUAAGAUCAUGAAAAGGAGGAUUGAUGAGAUGUAUCAGGUUAAUUUGAUUCUUGACAAUUUGCCUGCGAUUCGGUAUACCAAGAAAGAGGGUUUUUUCCUGCGGUGGACUGGGUAUCCUAUUGGAAUUAAGGUUGAGGAAUCGUAUUAUGUGUUUAACCAUUUGAAAUUUACGGUUCUUGUUCAUAAGUAUGAGGAGACUAAUGUGGCCGGUGUGAUGGGUACUGGGGAUGCUGCUGAGGUGAUCCCAACAGGUCACCCUGGAUUGCAGGUUCCAGGUUACAUGGUGGUUGGGUUUGAGGUGAUCCCUUAUAGUUGCCAACAUAAUGCUGAAUCUUUGAAAAAAUUGAAUAUAUACGAUAAAUACCCAUCUGCAAUUAAGUGUGAUCCUGGCAUGGUGUCUAUGGUGAUUAACGAAGGUGAGUCUAUUGCCUUCACCUAUGAAGUCACGUUUGUGGAGAGUGAUAUCAAAUGGCCAUCAAGAUGGGAUGCAUAUUUGAAAAUGGAAGGAGCGAAAGUCCACUGGUUCUCAAUUCUCAACUCUCUUAUGGUAAUUACCUUCUUGGCUGGUAUUGUCCUUGUUAUUUUCUUGAGGACGGUGAGGCGUGAUCUGACCCGUUAUGAGGAGCUUGAUAAGGAGGCUCAAGCCCAGAUGAAUGAGGAGUUAUCGGGGUGGAAACUUGUUGUGGGUGAUGUUUUCCGUGCUCCAACCAAUUCUUCACUUUUAUGCGUAAUGGUUGGAAAUGGGGUCCAGAUUCUUGGGAUGGCUGUUGUUACGAUAUUGUUUGCCGCACUUGGAUUCAUGUCGCCUGCUUCUCGUGGAACACUUCUUACGGGUAUGCUAUUCUUCUACUUGAUUCUUGGAAUCGCAGCUGGUUAUGUUGCUGUUCGCCUUUGGAGGACAAUUGGCUGUGGUGACAAAAAAGGAUGGGUUUCAGUCUCUUGGAGGGCUGCAUGUUUCUUCCCUGGUAUUGCUUUCUUCAUUCUAACGUCUUUGAAUUUCUUAUUGUGGGGUAGUCACAGCACGGGGGCAAUUCCGUUGUCUCUGUUCGUAAUUCUCAUUUUGCUCUGGUUUUGCAUCUCGGUUCCCCUUACCUUAGUAGGUGGGUACUUUGGGGCAAGGGCACCUCAUAUCGAGUACCCUGUACGAACCAACCAAAUCCCUCGGGAAAUCCCACCUCAAAAAUACCCAUCUUGGCUUUUAGUUCUUGGGGCUGGUACUCUUCCAUUUGGAACACUUUUUAUCGAGCUCUUCUUUAUUAUGUCUAGUAUUUGGAUGGGUCGUGUUUACUAUGUAUUUGGAUUUCUCUUCAUUGUCAUGAUCCUUCUAGUGGUUGUUUGUGCUGAGGUUUCUCUUGUUCUAACCUACAUGCAUAUUUGUGUUGAGGACUGGAAAUGGUGGUGGAAGUCCUUCUUUGCUUCUGGUUCGGUUGCCAUAUACAUCUUCCUAUACUCCAUAAACUAUCUCGUAUUUGAUCUUAAAAGCUUGAGCGGACCCGUUUCUGCGACUCUUUACUUGGGAUAUUCACUUUUCAUCGUUUUGGCAAUUAUGCUUGCAACUGGAACAGUUGGCUUCCUUUCUUCGUUCUGGUUUGUGCAUUACCUGUUCUCCUCAGUGAAGCUGGAUUAGAAACUUGACCAACUCAAAGAUAUGGUUGUUGGAAGAGCGAGGCAGGUCGUCAUAGAUGUGAGAAAGAACACACUUCUAAUUGUCUCUGCAUAUGUUACUUGUCUUUGUUAUUUGCAAGGAAACUUGUUUAAGGUAAUAAGACUAAAUCCGAGUCUUGUUUUGCUUAAUUCUUUUUAGUUGUGGUUAUCAUUGCUUAUAAUACCUGAAUGCAGUUGAGUUCUGUCAGAUAGGAUGUAUUUGGUUAAUGAUAGAUUUGAUGUGGGUUUUCCAACUUGUAUUUCACUGUUUUGGUCCAAUGUAUUGUUAUGAAAAUGUUAAACUUUUCUUGAAUUUACAAUCGGUUGUGGAUUUAUAGUUUCGCUUGA